CUUACCCUGGUGUCCCCCUCCUUCUGUCUACCUUUUAUAUAUACUCGUAUUUUUCUGUAUGCUUUAGAACCCUAAAAUUAUCUGUACUCGUUCGCUGUCAUCGUCGUAAAACCCUAUCUAUCUCAGUCGCUUUUCUUUUUUCCUUCACUAAAUGGAGUUCUGGGGCGCUGAGGUCAAAAGUGGACAGCCUCUAGCUGUGGAGCUGGGCAUGGACAGGAUUUUGCAUCUUUCUCAGGCCAAUAUUGGUGAGGUUAAGAAAGAGAAAGGUCAUGAAUCUAUUUGUUUGUACGUCACUGUUGAUGAUAAAAAAUAUGUUCUUGCUACACUCAACACUGAGAAGCUGCCACAGCAACAAUUUGACUUGUAUUUUGAGAGAGACAUUACAAUAUCACACAACUGGAAAAAUGGAAGUGUCUACUUUCAUGGAUACGUGGGUUCAGAUGAAAUUAGCGAUGAUGAAGAUGAUACAGAUAUUGAAGAACCUCUCCAAAUGGAAACCAAAGCAGCUAAUGGCAAACCCAACGUUUCUGUUGUCCAAAAGGAAGGUGCUGCCAAGGUUUCUGCUGCAGGUAAGAAGGUGAAAAUUUCGGAACCCAAGAAAGGAGUGGAGGAUGACAAAGAAGAUGAAAGCAGCGAGGAAGAAGAUGAAAUGGAAGAUGAUGAUGAAGAUUCUGACUCAGGAGCAUCAAUUGAGGAUGAAAGUGAUUCUGAAGAAGAGGAUUCAGAAGAAGAGGAGAAAGAGGAAACACCUAAAAAGGUUGAAAGUGGCAAGAAAAGACAGGCUGAAUCUUCUGCAAAGAAAACACCAGCUCCUGCCAAAAAAGUCAAAUUGACUACUCCCCAGCAGAAAACUGAUGGGAAGAAGGGUAAUACACAUGUAGCUACACCACAUCCUUCAAAGAAAGCUGACAAGACUCCUGUUGCUCAGAAGACUCCAAAAUCAGGAGGUUCUCAUCAAUGCAAAGAAUGCAAUAGGUCUUUUGGCUCUGAAAGUGCUCUGGGUUCCCACUCACAAGCCAAGCAUAGUGCUGGAAAGUAAAUUUGACCUCCACCCAGAGACAGGAGUAUUUAUAGGCAGUUCGAGACUUUUCUUUGUUCCCGCGGUUAUAAUAUUAAUGGAGGGAGGCGAUUUAGUAUGUUUUGGUUCCAGCAACUCUCUUUGUUAGUUCUAAUUUUGCUAUUGGAGUGGGGUAUUCAAACUUUUAUAUUGUUUUGUUCUGUUAUGAUGGGAUGUGAUCAAUCAAGUGAAUGGCUAUUUAUUCCAAAACUUUUUCGUCCUUGCUUUUACGUAAUCUACAAUUUAUUUUACAGACUGGCAAUGCAUAUCAGUAUACGUAGACAAUAUAAACAGAAAAAAGCAAUUCUUGUGCUACUACGUAAGUAGGGUUGCAAAUGAGUUAGCGGAGCUUAAAUAUGUGUAAGUUUGGAUUUGGCAAGAAUUAAAUGUUUUUACUAAAUAAUUUG